UAGAUGUUCCUCACCGUGUACCUCAGCAACAAUGACCAGCAUUUCACAGAGGUGCCCGUUACCCCGGAAACCCUGUGUCGUGAUGUGGUGGAGCUGUGCAAGGAGCCGGGGGAGGGAGAAUGCUUCCUAGCUGAAAUGUGGCGAGGCUCAGAGCGCGCCAUUGGUGACGGAGAGCGAAUGCUGGACGUGCUCCAGCGUUGGGGACACCAGAGGGGGGAGGUGCGCUUCCUCCUGCGCCAUGACCGGGUACCCUGCAGAGAGUCAGGCGGAUCAAGGGUUUCCAAUCCCUCCGCUAAAAGGAAUAUGGUCAAGGUGCCUGUGGACCGAUGCAUGGAGAAUGGGGUGGCACCACCUUGCAUGGACAUCACCCUCUCGGAGCUGCAGGAGUUGGCGUCACGGCAACAGCAGCAGAUCAAUUCGCAGCAGCAGCUCCUGGCCUCAAAGGAGCAACGUCUGCGCUACCUGAAGCUGCAGGAGCAGCAGCAGCAGGCGUCAGAGCAUGAGAGACUACUGCAGCUUCGUGAGAAUGCUGAGAACCAGGAGACCAAGCUGCGGCGGGUGCGGGCCCUCAAGGGUCAAGUGGAGCAGAAACGCCUUAGCAACAGCAAACUGGUGGAGGAGAUAGAGCAGAUGAACGGGCUGUUUCAGAGUAAGCAGUGCGAGCUCCUGGUGGCCGUCUCGAGAGUGGAGGAGCUGAGCAGGCAGCUGGAGACCCUGAAAAGCGUCAAGAUGGAGCCCUCUCAUGAUGGCCCGAGCUCCGCCGGCGAGCUGGAGCGUCUUUACAAGGAGCUGCAGCUGAGGAAUAAGCUGAACCAGGACCAGAGUGCCAAGCUGCAACAGCAGCGUGAGAGCCUGAGCAAGCGCAACCUGGAGGUGGCCACCAUGGACAAGCGAGUGGCCGAACUCCGCGAACGCCUGUGGAAGAAGAAGGCAGCGCUACAGCAGAAGGCGAACUUGCCCGUCCCCACAAAGAGCCAGGCCCUGCAGCCAUGUGGCCCUUCCAGGGUGGCGGCCGUGGGCCCUUACAUCCUGUCCUCCACUGCGGCCCCAGGGUCUCCGGUGCCCAGCCGACAGGAGCUGCUGAUCAAGCCUGCCUACCCCGACGGCACCACCACCUUACCCAUGCCAGACUCCUCCAUGAAGGCCCCUCCUAGACCGCUUAAACCCUACUCAGCUCUGACAGGUUUUCAGUCAUCCAAGACGUCUCAGCUGUCCGACUGGUCCAGCUCCAGAGCAGAGUCCAGCGGCAGUCAUCAUGGCAUGUCCUCAACUCUGCCUCGCAUGUCCAGCCUCUCCUCACAGGGCUCAGGAGACGCCGAGACCCUCAAGGGCCAAAAGGGGCGUCACAUUUCUAUGUUUGACGCCCCGGCUCCCGUCCACUCACAGAACAAUCAGAGCAGCGAGGACCUCUUGAGGGAUACCCAGGCGGGUGGUAAGGCUCUCGGCAAGGUGCCACCUCCUAUCCCUACCAAGCCCCCGACUUUCGGCAAACCGCCUUACAGCACGGGCACCUUCCCGGGCAAGGCAAAACCGUCCGCCUCCCUCCAUCUGUGUGCACCUCCGCCCAUCCACAGCCACACCCUGCCUCUGCCAACCAAGCAGGAGGCUCCUCCGGCGGCUACGGUGCGCCCCUUCACCCCGGAUCCUCCAGAGUCCACAGCGGCAGUGCCUGUCCUCCAGAAGCCACAGACGGUGGCUGCCUCCUCCAUCUACUCCAUGUACACCCAACAGCCCAGGACAGGUGGGGGCACUCUGACACGCACGCAGCCCAGAGUGUAUGGAAAACCAGUCAUCUCAGGCAGUGGGGGGCAGCAGUCGCUCCUCCAGGACUCCACCUAUUUGGGGGCCGGCGAUUUCGAGGUGGACCAGGGGGGUCCCGGCCUGGCGUCUCUGGCACCUGAGAGCCAGUGGGGCCAGGAGACGGAGCGGGCCCCUCGUCCCCUCAGCCCCACCAAGCUCCUCCCCUUCAUCUCGCACCCUCACCGGCACCCCAGCGACGCCGACCUGGAAGCCCUGCGCCGUCGGCUGCACCAUGCCCCGCGACCCCUCAAGAAGCGCAGCUCCAUCACAGAGCCUGAGGGCCCUGCGGGGCCCAACAUCCAGAAGCUUCUCUACCAGAAGACCACACUGGCCGCCAUGGAGACUGUUGUGGCGUUUCCAUACGAGGGUGAAGGUGGAGGAACAUGGAAGGAGGAGCCCCAGACUGCACUGGUACGUCCCAAGUUUUCCACUGCCGGUGGAGCCCCAGACGUCCCAAGUUUUCCAUGCUGCAGCGUCCCUCGCUACCCUGCCGCCCCAGAUGCACAGGUGCCCCCCCGCUCGCCCAUCCCAGAGCCCUCUUUCUCCUCCAGCCACACCAUGCCCCCGUCGCUGGAGGAAGAGGUGCCAGAUCCCUGCCACCCGCCCCCCCAUCAGCCAGAAGCCUACUUGGAGGAGUACCCGCCCUACCCGCCCCCUCCAUACCCCAGCGAAGGGGAGCAGGACCUGGGGGAGGACACCCUCAACAUGAAGGCUCCGGAGGUCACGGGACAGGUCACUCUGCCUCCGGGCAAGAGGACCAACCUGCGGAAGGUCGGCUCGGAGCGCAUCGACCACGGCAUGCGGGUCAAGUUUAACCCCCUGUCCCUGCUGCUGGACUCAUCUCUGGAGGGCGAGUAUGAUCUGGUGCAGAGGGUCAUCUAUGACGUGGAUGACCCCAGCCUGCCCAAUGACGAGGGCAUCACAGCCCUGCACAACGCCGUCUGCGCCGGCCACACCGAGAUCGUCAAGUUCCUGGUGCAGUUUGGCGUGAACGCCAACGCUGCCGACAGUGAUGGCUGGACUCCACUGCACUGUGCGGCCUCCUGUAACAAUGUGCAGGUGUGUAAAUUCCUGGUGGAGUCCGGGGCUGCUGUGUUCGCCACCACCUACAGUGAUAUGCAGACAGCGACAGACAAGUGCGAGGAGAUGGAGGAGGGCUACGCACAGUGCUCCCAGUUCCUCUACGGUGUACAGGAGACGAUGGGCAUCAUGAACCGUGGGGUGGUGUACGCCCUAUGGGACUACGAGGCUGAGGACGAUGACGAGUUGGCCUUCCAGGAAGGCGACUGCAUGACGGUGCUGCGGCGCGAGGACAAGGACGAAGAGUGGUGGUGGGCACGCUGCGGAGACCGAGAGGGCUACAUUCCAAGAAACCUGCUAGGGCUGUAUCUGAGGAUCAAGCCACGGCAGAGGAGCUUGGCUUAAAUUAUGUCGGCUCACGUUCCACCCUACUCGCUAAAAACUACUCCGACUCGAAGAAGUUACUUUUUGAAAGGCGAAUGAAGAACCUACUUCUGGUCUUUUGGAUGUCAAAGUCAAGCAUUCCACUUCAAGCUUUUGGACCUGUCUGUGAAAGA